AUGGACGACACGAGAGACAAGAACAAAGCGGUGUUGUUCGCAUAUCUAACCGCUAGACCUUCAGGACCGGUGACUGACUACGGCGCAACCAUCACUCAUUGGCAACAUGAUCGCGUCCCGAACUACAGAGGAGGCUAUGCCGGCGAGGCCGAACGACCCAGCGCCAGCUAUAUCGUCGAUAUGCUCCCCCCUGCAGCUCGAGUUACCAGAGCUGGCGAUAGCAUUCCAAUCAAGCAUCUCCACUCAUCGCUGAACAAAAUCAAGCACCCUAUCAAUGUGGUUCGCUGGACACCAGAGGGUCGCAGACUGUUGACGGCCUCUACUAGUGGCGAGUUCACCUUGUGGAACGGAACGGGCUUCAACUUUGAAACCAUCAUGCAGGCCCACGACUCGGCUAUCCGUGCUCUUGAAUACUCGCACAGCGACGAUUGGCUCAUCUCGGCCGACCAUGACGGAGUCAUCAAGUACUGGCAGCCAAACUUCAACAACGUUCAGAGCAUCAACGCUCACACCGACCCCAUUCGAGACCUCGCCUACAGCCCCAACGACUCCAAGUUUGUCACUGCCAGUGACGACUCUACCCUCAAGAUCUUCGACUUUGCCAUGGGUCAAAUGGAAUCCAAGCUCGAGGGUCACGGUUGGGAUGCGAAGAGUGUCGAUUGGCAUCCUACCAAGGGCUUGCUUGUUUCUGGUUCCAAGGAUCACUUGGUCAAGCUGUGGGAUCCUCGCACCAGUCGCUGCCUCACGACUCUCCAUGGCCACAAGAGUACCAUCACCAAGGUUGUUUUUGAAAAGGUUCGCGGCGCUUGCCUGGCAACUUCUGCCCGAGACCAGACUGCCCGAGUUUUCGAUCUCCGCAUGAUGCGCGACAUCUGCCUCCUGAAGGGCCAUGAGAAGGACAUUUCCACUCUCACCUGGCAUCCCAUCCACCCCAACUUCCUCAGCACUGGUGGUAUGGAUGGUUCACUCUUCCACUACCUCUUGGACUCACCCAACCCACCCCCUGGCCAGCCUUUCACCGUUGCGCCUUACGACAGCCCAGACCCAACUUCAGUUCCUGCUCAGUCCGUUUGGCCCAUGCACAAGGUCCCCUUUGCUCAUGACUACGCCAUCUGGUCUCUGGAUUGGCAUCCUCUCGGUCACAUUCUUGCUUCAGGCUCCAACGACCGUAUUACGCGAUUCUGGAGCCGUGCUCGACCAGGUGAUACCGAAGUCUUUCAGGAUCGCUACCACAUCGGCGAGGCGGCUGCCGAGGCUCAGGGAACCUGGGACCGCCGCGGCAACCGACGUCAGCGACAGGAGGAAGAACAGCAGGAGAUGGAAGACGAGAUGGAUGCUUUGGUCGACCAAGAUGCUCCCAAGCUUGCAGUCCCUGGGCUUCCCGGAAUUCCUGGUCUUCCUCUUGGUGGAGGAGUGCCUGGUCUUGGAUCAGCUGUCCCACCACCUCCUAUUCCUGGUGUUGGCGCAGGCUCAGGUGCCCCCCCUCCUCCUCUGCCCUUCCCCCUGCCAGGCCUCAACGGAGCUCCCCCACCUCCUCUGCCUGGUCUUGAUCCCAACAACCCUCCUGAUCCCGCCCAGCUCAUCGAGCUCAUGAAGAAGGCCGGCGUCCCUCUGCCUCCCCCUGGAGCUCUGCCACCCGGUCUCAUUCCAGGAGUCAUUCCACCUCCUGGCAGCAUGCCUCCCCCGCCUGGCAACUUUCCUCUCCCAGUGCCACCUCCACCUCUGCCUGGCUUGGAUGCCGACCUCAAGGGCGACAACCGACGACGGGCUCCAUUGCCAAGCCAGGAAGAGAGCCUGCGACAGGAGCAGCGCCAAGGCAAGUACACACGGGCGAGGUAG